GUCACAACUCAAGAGCAACUUUGUCCCUUGUCCGAAAGGACGCGAGAAGAGGAAAACAAUAGAUACAUACGUUUUCAAAACAACGGGACAUGAUGUAGAGGGAAGACAACAACUUAAAAGAGUGAUUAUCUGUCACACAACGAUGUUAACUUGGAAAAUUGUGGACAUCAGGAAGAAGGUGUUAAGAACAAUUAGUUUUAGCUUUAGAAGUGAACUACUAGAAGUUUUUAUUAGCUAUAAUUGAUGCAGUUAAUCAGUCUGGACAGUAUCUUGCAGUGAACUUUCAAGUGCAACAGUUUGGACGAUGGUGUCGUGGAUUAUAUCUAGGGUCAUCGUUCUUGUGUUUGGAACAUUGUAUCCUGCUUACAACUCUUUUAAAGCUGUCAAAUCCAAGAAUGUCAAAGAAUAUGUCCGAUGGAUGAUGUACUGGAUCGUGUUUGCUCUUUACACAGUGUUGGAGACCAUCACAGACCUUUCUAUGGCAUGGUUCCCACUUUACCAUGAACUUAAAGUUGCCUUUGUCAUCUGGUUGCUCACCCCCUACACCAGAGGAGCCAGUCUUAUCUACAGGAAGUUCCUACACCCUAUGCUGGCAUCCAAGGAAAAGGAGAUUGAUGAUUAUAUAGUCCAGGCCAAAGAGAGGAGUUAUGAGACCAUGCUGAAUUUUGGUCGCCAGGGUCUCACUAUCGCGGCUACAGCUGCUGUCUCUGCUGCUGUGAAGGGACAGGGAGCCAUCAGUGAGCGUCUGAGGAGUUUUAGUAUUCCUGACUUGACGCAGAUCCCCUCUGACCAAUCGGCAUUCUCCAACCCCGGCCGACGGGCCGUACAGGCUGCUAAGCCUAGCUCAGUUGGUUCUGAAGGGGAGGGGAAUGAGGUGGAAACAGAUGGAGUUUUCUCAGAAGACGAGGCGUCAGUGCAGAAGGGUCUUCGUAGAUCUCAGAGUGUGAAAAUUACCCGUGCCAAAGCAGCACGCAAAGAGCCUCGCUAUGGCUCUUUGAAGCUGAAACCUAGAAGGCGGCCAUUGAUAACAUCAUCUGCAUUUGACCAUCCUUGAUUGUCCACUACAAUUCCACAAAGGGGAUCAGCAUCAAACCAAUAGUUAACUGCAGUUUGAACCUCAGUUUAAAGCUGCUCAAGUUAAAUCCUAAACUUUGGUCUACAUUUCUGUAAGUGAAUAGUGUUUUAAAGCAACACAAAACACUGUUGACUAAAACUUUAGCUCAAAACUGAACUACAUACAGUACACAGAUUAAUAGAAAACACAAUUACACUUACAUUUAUAUCCAAAGUGACUUACAAAUGAGGAAUACUACAAUACAAGUGACAGUGAUGCAGAGAAACACAAUGUAGGUUAUAAAUGUUAGUUUUUUAUCUUGUUGAAUGAAUUUAUUGAAUGCACUCAAAAAAGUAUAAAAGCCUAGAGUACAGAAAGGCUCAUACUGUUUUCUGUGCAUCCUUUAAAAGUGUAAAGACCUGGGUCUUUUCUAUGCAAAGUAUACUAAGAAUGUACUAAGAACCUCAUCAAAGUUAGUGUCGUGGUAAGCACACAGAUCUCUGGUGUCCACACUCUCCCUCUAUAAGAGCAAGUGUUAAGGUCACGGUUUCUGUAGUGUGUCACUUUUAGCUUGUAUUCACUGUAAUGAAAUGGAACAACUGUCUGGAGAAGUACAAGGGUCGAUGAAUAUGUAAAGCUUUAACACUUCCAAAAAAACUGACUUUGCUUGACGUGCUAUCACUAUGAAAGAGAGCUUCUUAAUGUUUACAGCUUGCUUUUACAUUUAAACAUUUUUAAUUUUAUUAGAUUUUAACAGUAUUUUUAGCUGUCUCCAAAUACAUUUAUUAAGUUUACAUGUCUUAGGAUAUUUUUAAAUACAUUAUGUGCAAUGCAUUUUAGUGUGAUUAUGUUUUCUGCAUUUAGCCUUCCAUUCUAUUUUCUCUGCCAUCUCUUAUUUUAAUAAAGAAAUGCAGUAAUUAAUGUAAUAUUUAAACAAACACUCCAGCUGUACUUCCCCAAAGCAUGAGAGUUGAUAUAAUGUAAGUUGACAGACGUUAAAAAUUGUGGUUUGUUCAUAUAUAAACAUUGGGAAUGAUUUGUCCAUUUUUGAAUAUGUUUGUGUUUGACUGUUUUUCAGACAUGUUUAUGCUUUGGGAAAUCUCAGAGCAGUUGGGAAUCUUAGUUGUAUAUUUUAAAUUAUGGAAAACACCUGUCGAUAAUGCAGGUUUGUGUCCAUCAGUUGCCUUAAGUAUGUUAAUAAACCCUGGGCCUUAAGUUUAAAAAUAUGUUUAUUUUUAU